AUGGACUCUACUGUAGCUUCUGAACCGAAGGGCCAAGGUUUGGAAAAGUUACCCUUUAAACCGGAAGGAUAUAAUUACUGGAUGUGGCAAGGUCGAAAAAUACAUUAUGUAGUGGAAGGAGAGGGGUUGCCUAUUGUUCUAAUUCAUGGAUUUGCAUUUCAUUGGAGGUACAACAUAUCAGAAUUGGCUGAAAAGUACAAAGUCUAUGCUCUAGAUUUGCUCGGGUUUGGCUGGAGUGAAAAGGCACUUAUUGAGUAUGAUGCCCUGGUAUGGAGAGAUGAGACGAGGUUGUGGGUUUCAUGA